AAGGAAAAGUAUCAAUAGUUGGGAAAGAUACAAUACUUGGGACCAAGAGAAUGGUUUCUUUGAAAAUGUAAAUACAUGGGAAGUGAAAGUGAAUAGGAUGGGGAUUCCCUAAGGCAUAACAGUGGGCGAACCUACACAAAUAAAUAAGCUGUUCGCCCCGACAAGAACACCACUUCUCUCUCCGGAUCACAAGCGGGAAACCGGACUCAGCGCAGAGAUGCUCAAACAGACUUUCCUCACCGUCCUUGUUCUUCUGGCUUGCUGGGUGGCUCUCAUGGAAGGACUUCAGACCUCCAGCCAUGACCGCUGUUCAUGCAAAGGAAGUAGAAUGUCUUCUGUGAUUAUGAACCGUGUGGCUAAAAUCGAAUUCUAUAUGCGAGGCAGCACCUGCAGUCAAGACGAGCUGAUAGUGAUCUUUAGAAAUGGCCAAAAACGCUGUCUGAACCUUGAUGAGGACCAAGGCAGGAGAAUUCAUCAGGCAAUUAUGUACAGAAACAAUGUCAGAAAAGGAAGUUCAAACUAAGUUUUGGAGGAGCUGCUUCACAAGUACUUCUCUUCCUUUAGAUACAUAACUAACUUCUGAAGAUUCAUAAUCCAUAAUCCAUGAACCUGAUUACUGAAUAAACCCAAAUCCUGCAUUCCCACACACUCAAAACGAUAAAUUUUUUUCAAUAUUUCAAUAAAUGUCAUUCUCCUAUUCUCUGUCUGGCCUUGAGGACACAGUACAUCCUCAAAAUACAUUUUAACCUGAUUGCUGAAUAAACCCAAAUUCCUUUGAUUGUCACGUGCUCAAACGAUAAAUUUACCAAACUGGCUGAUUUACGCAACCAACACAUCUGACACAAAAAUAAAGCUUUGCCCUAGCAUCCAUAUCUGUAUCUGAUUUUGUUCAAUGUAUUUUUGUAUUUUUGUAUUUUUCAACCAAUAUAAAGCCUCAGGCACAAAUCUGACACGA